AUGUGUUUGUCAAAAUAUUUUGCAACAAUCAGUCGUGCAAUCAACACAUUCGGGAAAUUUGGCUAAUAUAGAGAAAACCUGGGAGUAAACCAUAUAAAUAGCAGGUUACGGAAGAAUUAACUUUGCAAGUGAAAGUGAGAAAGCAAACAAUGCUCCAGGUGUGAAGCGGGGCAUAAUCAGCGCCCGGCUAUGUUCCACGGUGUUGCAGCGAAGGUGAACCAUCUAGCAGGAUAUUUGCGGACUAGUUGCUUCCCGACUGGAGGUGGCAUCACCAAAUCCUGCCAACGGCGAAACAACUCCGCAUACCCGGAAAGCACAUCGUAUUUCAGUACACGCAAUAAUUUUGGCGAUAACAAGCAAAUCACCCAGCAUCCCAAAUCAGUCGGUCAUUGUAAUCAUCAUCAUCAUCAUCAACAACAGCAUCGUUAUUACUUUUACGGAGGCCGUCAUCAUCGAAACGCAGAGUCAGUCACGUUCACCGAUCAAUAUCUGCAGCAAGUGAGACAACGAGUGCACCACACCGUCGGACAAGUUCGCACUUUUUGGACCAACAAAAUCAACAUGGCUUCCGGCACCCCAUCCGGUUCAUCUGGCCAGUCGAAGCACACCAAUCGGUUAAUCAAUGAGAAAUCUCCAUAUUUGCUGCAGCAUGCACACAAUCCGGUAGACUGGUAUCCGUGGGGCGAGGAAGCGAUCGCCCGUGCCAAGGCCGAAAAUAAAUUAAUCUUCCUUUCGGUUGGCUACAGCACAUGCCACUGGUGUCACGUGAUGGAGAAGGAGUCGUUCGAAAAUGAAGAAGUGGCCAAAAUCAUGAAUGAAAACUUCAUCAAUGUAAAGGUUGAUCGCGAGGAACGGCCGGAUAUCGAUAAACUGUACAUGACGUUCAUACUGCUGAUCAACGGUUCCGGUGGUUGGCCAAUGUCGGUUUGGCUGACACCAGAGUUGGCCCCGGUCACUGGCGGAACGUACUUUCCGCCAAAAGAUCGUUGGGGCAUGCCAGGUUUUUCAACUAUCUUGCUAAAAUUGAAAAACAAGUGGACGACUGAUGGUGAGGAUCUUGCUUCCACCGGCCGUUCGAUCAUCGAUGCAAUACAAAGAAAUGUUGAGGAAAAGCACAAGGAGGUACCGGAUCGAGUUUUAAGCGCGGAGGAUAAAUUCAAACAAUCGAUUGCUAUCUACAAAAGGAAUUUUGAUCCGGUUUGGGGUGGUUCUUUGGGAGCACCAAAAUUCCCGGAAGUGUCAAAAUUGAAUCUCGUUUUUCAUUCUCACAUUCGGGACCCGUCGAGUAAAAUUUUGGGUAUCGUUCUAAAUACCCUUGACAAAAUGGCUGCGGGUGGCAUUCACGACCAUGUGUUUGGAGGUUUCGCCAGAUACUCCGUAGAUAAAAAGUGGCAUGUGCCACAUUUUGAAAAAAUGCUCUAUGAUCAAGGACAGCUAUUGAUGGCCUAUGCGAAUGGAUAUAAAACGACCAAGAAGCAAUUAUAUUUGGAUGUGGCUGAUUCUAUUUUUAACUACAUUUGUAAGGAUUUGCAGCAUCCGGCUGGAGGAUUCUACAGUGGCGAAGAUGCUGAUUCAUUACCUAACUGGGAAAGUCAUGAAAAGAUUGAAGGAGCAUUCUACGCUUGGACGUUCGCUGAAAUAAGGGAUUUACUGAAAAAGAACACGGACAAGUUUGGUGAUAUCGGAAAGGUCGAUCCAGUCGAGGUUUAUACCGAACACUACGAUAUCCAGGAAACGGGUAACGUUGAACCCAGCAGCGAUCCACACGGACACUUACUGGGCAAAAAUAUACCGAUCGUGUACGGAUCAGUUUGUGAAACUGCGGACAAAUGCGAAACGACCCCGGAGGUGGUUCGUGGCAUUCUUAAAGUAGGAAACGCGCUUUUACACGAAGUUAGGGACAAACGUCCGCGCCCACAUCUUGACACUAAAAUCAUCUGCGCGUGGAACGGAUUGAUUCUGUCCGGUUUAUCGCAGCUGGCUUGCAUCAAAGAUGCUCCGAACCGCGAGAACUAUCUCAAGGUGGCAACGAAAUUGGUGUCAUUUAUUCGCGAAAAUCUUUUCGACACAAAGGCUAGAAAAUUGUUGCGAUCCUGUUACGGUGAUGAAAGUGAGAAGGCCAAACCGUUGGAACAUCCCAUUUACGGAUUCAUUGACGACUAUGCCUUUCUGAUCAAAGGACUCAUAGAUUACUAUCGAGCUUCACUGGAUAAAAGUGCCCUAUGGUGGGGUAAGGAGCUGCAGGACAUUCAGGAUGAAUUAUUCUGGGACCAUACUAAUGGUGCUUAUUUCUACUCCGAAGCGAACUCAGCGAAUGUAGUUGUACGACUGAAAGAAGAUCACGACGGCGCUGAGCCCUGCGGCAACAGUGUCGCCGUGCACAAUCUGCUUAUGUUGGGAGACUACUUCGAGAACGAAUCUUUCCAUGACAAGGCGAAAAAGGUGUUCAACUACUUCUCGAAUGUAACCCCAUUCGGUUAUGUUCUGCCGGAAAUGAUGUCCGCUAUGUUGCUGGAUUGCCACGGUCGCGAUAUGUUGGUGGUUGUGGGUCCAGACGGUCCGAACACCAACGCUCUGGUCGAUGCCGUAAGGGACUUCUACAUGCCCGGACUGAUUAUUGUCCGGUUGAAUCCGGUUACACCGGAGCAACAUUUGGCAGGGAAAACGUGCAAGAGCUUCCGGAUGCUGCAGGACACUCCGACAGCUUACCUCUGUCAUAAUAAGGUCUGCCAAAUGCCGGUUACAGCGCCAGAGCGAUUGACUGAGGAUUUAUUGCCGAAGCACAUAUUUGACUAUACCGAGUAUGAGAAUUGAUUUUUCGAGGCCUAAAGUUCUUCGUACGCUUGAUAGGUAAUGCAUGUUAUGUUACUAGCUAGGCUACUGAAAAGAGGAACUGGCGGCCCCGGAUCGGAACACUGUUGUUGGAUUUGUUACGGAAUUAGAUUCAUACGAAUGUUACGCUGUUAUAUUUUAUUCGUCUUACAGUAGAACAUCGAAUGUUUGUCUUUGCAAGUGUUUAGCCAUCAGUUAUUAUUUCCAAACUUACUUGGAAUGCAGAAAAUAAAAGCAAACGUAAUUACUCAAAUAUUCUAAAUCAUCAAAAACUAGCACACCGAAUCGAACGAAUAUCAUUAAUAGUAAACAUACCAAUUUUAAUCAAAUAUUUCUAUGUUCAUCAAAUUUUGAACGUUUUAGUGGAUAUUCUGCCAUACUUGCUUGUCCAUCCCAAUAAAAAAAAUAUUUUACUUGCAUUGUUUGCAUACAAAUUCCUUUAUGGGUGGAAUUUUUAAAUUUUAACUUCAUUCUUUCUAGAACUACAUCAGAAAUUAUUUGGGAUUGACAUGCAAGUGUGUACAGUGUAUCAUGACCGUACUGUUAAACGAGUAGUUACACAUAAAAGGCGAAAGGAAGUGGAUUUGCUAGCUUGAUAGAAACGCGGACAGAUGAAGAGAAAACUCUAGUUGGACUAAGUAAACAUGUGAUCUAGUGGUUAAAGGAAACAAGCGAAUCUAGUGCCAAUUUUUGGAUUGAAAAACGCCAGUGCGAAAUAAAUUUAGAAAAUUCGAAUAAAGGAAAUGCUGAAACAAAAUGGAAAAGAAUAAAGAAAUUUGUUAAACAAAACUAUUGAGCAUGAGAUGCAUUAGAUAUUGAUAGUAACAUUGCUACCCCAUUUUACUAACGUUUUAAGUCUGCAAAUACAAUUCACUACAGCUAAUCAAAAAUUGGAUCAACAAUAAAGUGAGUAGUAACCUUAA